AUGGCGGAAGAGCUACAAGCACUUCAUCGACGGUGCGAAUUCACUAAGGCGAAGAUCGCACGCAUCAAAACAAACCUCAUCAAAGCAGAUGAGAUUGCUGUCGACGAAUAUGUGCUGGAUACAUUUCUACGUACGAUUGAUGCUGCGUACCUCGACAUGAACGAUUGCCAAGCAAAGUUGUUUGCUGCUAUGCCACACAAGCAGGAGGAAGAAGAACAGGAGUAUUUUGAGUUCGAACAAUUGUACACGGAAGUGCGAGCGGAAGUAUGCAGGCAGUUGGAUAGACACAAAAAACAGGAGCUACAGGUGCAUUCCGGUCUACAGCUGGUAUCCAAUGCGCCACAGAUUCGAUGUCUAAUCGGGGAAGCGGCCGGUGCGAUUAACCAACAGUUUAUCAACGCAAACAAUUUUGACGGUGCAUGGAACUUUCUCCAGCAACGAUACGAAGAUAAACGGAAAAUCGUAGACAUUCAUGCAUCUCGGUUGCUUCAGCUCAAACCGAUGACUCAAGAAAGUGGUAAGCAGUUGAGAGAACUAAUCGAAGAAUGCGUAAGGCAUAUCGAUUCGCUCAGAUACAACGGGUACGAUGCACUAGGCCUCUCAGACAUUCUGUUGAUGUGGAAAGCUACAAACAAGCACAGUGUGAUUCCCACAUACGCUGAUACGAUUUCCUUCCUGGAAAAACACACUCAAGUUCUCGAACGGGUAGAGGCCAGUCAGCAGAAGGUUAAACAAAAACCUAGCGCGCCAGUGCACGCUCAGAAGUUACAGACAAAAUCUACGACGAUUACGGUGACAAGCGCAACAAAAUGCGUGUUCUGCGAGAAGGCGCACUUCAACCAUCAGUGUGAAGAGCUUCUCAAACUUUCUGCUACCGACAGAAACGCCAAAGCCAAACAAGCUGGCGUAUGUUACAAUUGUCUGAGAAAAGGGCACAUGACAGCAAAAUGUUCAUCAAAGCACUCUUGUCGUGACUGCAACAAACGACAUCACACGGUUCUACACAUUGACAUCCCGAAACCGAGUGAUGAUACAUGCAAGACUACUGAUGUUCAGUCUACCGAAACCGGCAAAGCUUCGACAAAUACGAGUAACGUAGUAACCCUUAACUGCGCCACAAGUACUAACGAACAAGAAGCAGUGCUGCUAUCAACAGCGAUCGUGAACAUACUCGAUGUACAUGGACAGAACAAGCUGUGCCGUGUUUUACUUGAUUCCGGAUCGCAGCUGCACCUGAUUACUGAGGCAAUGGCUAGUCUCCUUGGUAUUAGUCGAAAUCGAUGUUCCAUCAGUGUCGUCGGUAUCAACGGCAAGGAAACGCCUGUCAAACACAUGUUAGCUGUUCAGUUUGGCUCACGUAUCAACGGAUAUAUACAACAAAUCGAAUGUCUCGUCGUUCCUCGGAUUGCUAACAUUCUUCCAGCAAGCAAGCUCAACGUAUCCGACUGCAUUAUUCCGGAUGGAGUUUUGUUAGCAGAUCCAAACUUUUACAAGCCCCAGCGCAUCGAUCUCCUAAUUGGUGCACAACUGUUUUUCCACAUACUGAGGACUGGGCAAAUACAGCUCGGCGAUAAAUUACUGGUCCUUCAAGAGACGACACUUGGAUGGUUAAUUCAACGUUUCUGGGAGUUGGAAGAAGUUCCACUAUCAACGAAGCUGUCGAGUGAAGAGGAGUUAUGUGAACAACAUUACCAUCAAACAACUACCCGGGACAUCUCCGGCCGAUAUGUGGUCAGAUUACCCUUCCGUAACACCACUGACCAGCUUGGCGACUCACGCCAGCAGGUGCUCCAAAGGUUUGGACACCUUGAAAGACGCCUGGCAACCAAUUCGGAGCUGAAAGAACAAUAUGAUUUCUUUAUGGAGAAAUACAUACGGAACCACUGUAAGGAAACGCCUGAGUCAGAGGUGAGUAGCAGCCCAAACUUCUAUUUACCUCACCACGCCAUUCUGAAACCUACUUCUUCUUCUACCAAACUACGAACGGUUUUCGACGCAUCGGCGAAAUCGUCUUCUGGCGUGUCGCUAAACGAUCUGCUUAUGAUCGGACCGGCUGUGCAAGAUUCGUUGCUGAACAUCGUGAUGCGGUUCCGGAUCCCGAUGCGUCUUCUCAAGCGACAUAUCCAAAAUGUAUCGCCAAAUCAGGAUUCAUGA